UAAAAACACAGAGUAACUGAGUAACUAAGUAGAUUUACUGGAAGUUGAAGUAGUUUUUUUAGGUUUUGUUCUUCUUUCACAGCUUUGAUUUUUUUUAAACUUGUCAGUUAUUUUCCAGAUUAAAGGAUCAACAGAAAGUUUAGUUUCCUGGUUCCUGUCAGUCAGUAGUGAUGUGUUCUCUGAAUGGACUUAUUGUUCCUGAUUACACAUGUGUACUUCUACUUCAGGAACUGUUCCAUUGUGUUGUUGAUGCUUGAUGUGUGCAUUUUUUAGGGGGGCAUCAUGAAGCAAAACAAACACCCCCCACCCACCCAACACCCAACACUUAGUGUAAAAAUCACAGUUGAUCUCUGUAAUACCUGUCUGUACAUCUGGACCUGACUACAGAGUUCCACCUCCAUGAUGUCCUGUCUCUCAGUACAUGUGUCAGUAGGUUGUUGGUUUCAGCCUUGGACAGUCCUCAGGUCCUACAGAUGUAACCUCUCUGUCUCAGAAGGCUGCUGCUGUCUCUGAUGGACGUCAUAUUAGAAAGCAAACAUCUCCCUCUGCUGGUCACAUGGAGACACUGCAGGGAUCAGAUCGGGUCAGACUGUUCUACACAUUAGUUCACUGAAAACACUCAGUGACGUCAUUGUUCAUAAGCACAGAGGCUGUAAAAUAUUUUAUAUAUUUUAUAUUUACAUUUAUUUUUAUAUUUAUAUAAAAUAUAUAUUUAAUUAGAAAGCUGCUCCUAUUGAUUCUAUAGCUGGUUAGUUGAUAGUUGUAGUAGAUGACGGUAGUUUGGAUCUUUUUCCUGUUGGUCUGACUUCAUUUUGUUAAGACUAAGUGGGUAGAACAGUUUGGACAGAGAGAGUCUGUGUUCAUCAUGACAAAUAAGUGACUUUUUCAAACAUAAGAAUGAAUAUAAUCUAUGUGACUGUCCCAUUUUUUCUGUCAUUUUAUUUAGUUUAUUGUUAUAUGGAUGCAUAUUGUCUUAUACAGCAGUAACUAAUUUAUUCUGUUGUUAAUUGUCCACAGUUCUUGAUGUUUAUUAUUUAAUGGUUACAGAACCACACACACCUAUAGCUGCCAACUAUCUGAAUAUUAUUCAUGCACAGUGGAUGGAGUUUUAAUAAAAGUUGGUGUUGAUUGAGUUACAUAACCAUCUGACUGAGUUUGAAGCAAUAAGAGGAAGAAGCCAGUCAGAGGAAGAGGGCGGGUUUUACUUGGUGUCACUGAGAAAAGAUGAAAAAAGGUCAGACGAGUGAGAAGGACAAUGAAGGAAACGUCUCUGCAGCGUCUGCUCUUUCUGAGCUCUCUGCUGUUCAGCUCAACAAACCAAGCUCGUCUGACUGUGAGUCCCAGCUUCUCUCAGGUCUUUAAACUAGACUCUGUGUCUCUGAGCUGUGAGGAGGACGACAGCUCUGCUGGAUGGACUCUGAGGAGAAUCACCACCACAGGACAGAGGACUCAGUGUGGAGCUGGGUGGGGAAAACCAGCUGGUUCUUCAUGUGACAUCAGCUACACCUUCCCAUCAGACAGUGGAGUUUACUGGUGUGAGUCCAGAGAGGGAGCAACCAGUAACAGCAUCAACCUCACUGUCUCUGGUGGACCAGUGAUCCUGCAGAGUCCUGUCCUCCCUUUGAUGGAGGGAGAUGACGUCACUCUGCUCUGUAAAACAAAGACCACUCCCUCCAACCUCUCAGCUACUUUCUAUAAAGAUGGCUCCUUGAUCAGGACUGAGUCUACAGAUCACAUGACCAUCCACCAUGUUACCAGGUCUGAUGAAGGCCUCUACAAGUGUUACAUCAUCAGUCAUGGAGAGUCUCCAUCCAGCUGGAUCACUGUCACAGAGAAACCUACAACCACAGCUCCGCCCACAUCUACGACUCCACUUACAAACACAGCUCCACCCGCCACUACUGAGGCCACGCCCCCUCCACCAUUCUUAGUCAACCUCAUCCACAAAGUGGCCUACCACCUCCUGGUGUUCUGCCCAUACUUCAUCUCCACUCUCCUCAUGGUGUCUUUAUGUCGACACAGACCAACAGGUAACAUUCACUCACCAAUCAAUCAGUCAAUGACAGGUUACUCAACCCUUGAUUGAUUCUCUACAUUUCCUUUUUCAUCUGCUCUGACUUCAGUGAAAGAACUCCAAGUCUCCAUGUUGAUGACCCCGCCCACCCAGGAUUUGCAUAGACGGGAUGAUGA